GCUAAGCGGGAUUCACUGGCCUCGCCCCACAGCGGGUCGGGCCUGGGGGAGGGGUCGGCAAGCCCCGGGGACAGCCAGAAGGCUCCCUGCCCCGAGGCGGGAGUGAUGAUUAUUCGCCGGGGGGGUGGGCGUGUGAGGCAGUGGUGUCCCCGGGACAGAAAACUCUUUUUCUCCCUCUCUGGAUACAUCCCCUUUCCUGCUGUGAAAAUCUGGAGAAGUAAACCAGUUCCCCCAGCUUCCCCAGACACUUGCUUUUCCAACAUUUGACGGGUUUGGGGAGCCAUAUCUGCUGGGCGGUACACUUUUGGCUGCUCAAACCCAGAAGUACCAUGAAGACUUAGGUUAUCAGAAUCAUUUAGGGUGAGGUUCCUUUCUUGGACAUUCAGUAAAUUAUAACCUGCAAAAUACAAGAUUUUUACUACGAUGGUUGCUGUAGGAGAAAAUGGCAUCAACAAAAAGUUGGAGAAUUUUGCCUAUGUAAUUGUCAUUGAAAUUUAGCACGUUUUUCUCCAAGACAGUAACUUUGUCCAGGGAUUUUCAAAGUAUUUUUUUUUUUUUUUUGUAGCCUAUUUUCUGUUGUAUGAGGUGCAACAGAAAGGAGGUCUGGUGGAGUAAUGUUGAGUUGAGAAUUUGAAAAACUCAGUCAUGGCUGCACUGAAUUUACAAGGCUUUAAUAUCUCAAACCUAAUAAUUCUUAUAGUAAUCCCAUUACGAAUAUCCCCAUUCCACAGGAACUUACAUUAGGUAACUUGCCCAGGGCCACAGAGCCAGAAGGGGAACGAGAAACAAGCUCAUCCUCACGACAAAAUUGUUUGCGCUAAUUAAGAACUGCUUUAAGAAGCUGUAUUCCUGUAUUCCUGAGACUCAAUGUUUGUUUUCUUGAGAGCUUUUGUUUGAGAUGAAAGUAAAAUUUGGAGAACGAGUUUUGGAAAUGAUUUCACAAGUUGGAUAUUUGUCAAUACUUUAUAUCAUGAAAGUUUAUCAUAUUGGGAAUAACUUGAUACUAUUUUCCUUCAAAGUGUAAAAGAUGAUAGCAGCUAGGCCAACUUUUGAACCUGCAAGAGGCGGAAGAGGAAAAGGAGAAGGUGAUUUGAGCCAACUCUCAAAGCAGCAUUCAAGUAGAGACCUGCCUUCCCCUACAAAGAUCAAAUACAGAUUAAACAAAUCUAAUGACAAGGGGAUUGCACCUUGUCCUGCUCAUGAUGAGCAUGCACUGGAGAGGUUGGCAGAUAGCCACGCACCGUCAAAGGCCAUGACGGUGAGCAUGAAGACCUCGCUGCUCCCAAAGAAACGCAAGGAAAAGACCUGUAACAUGCAGUCACCACAAGAAAUGCCUUCUCACUAGCAGGUCACUGAUCAGUUCGGGUGUCACACGUAAGGUGUAGCAGACGUUGAUGGAGGACAAGUGGCUGAGGAAAUGGUACAUUGGUUGGUGAAAAAGAGGACUGCAUCGGAUGGAAAUAAGUAUCAGAAAGUUUCCUCCCAAUAGGACAAUAUAGCAGAAUAAGAAGAGCACAAAGCAAAGUAUUUGUAUGUUCUGGUCAUAAGAAAGUUCUAAAAGGAUGAAUUCUGAGAUGUUUCUACGGUUUUCAUAAAUCUGAAUUUGCUAUACAUAAUAAACCAAAAGAGCUAUGUAUCUGAAAGAAAGCAUAAAUCUGAAUGAAAAAAUCAUAAAUUGAGUUCAGUCAAUCAUAAAUUACAAAAAUGAAAGAAAUUUGUAAGUGUAAAGAUUAUUAAAAACUGACAUGAAUAAAAUAUUCUGGUUAUCUUGA